AUGAAACUGGAAGUGGAUGGAAGCUACCGUCAGGAGGAAGGAGUUAUUUGGGGUGGUGGUUUGCUGCGUGACCAUACAUGUAAAUGGAUUACCGACUUCAUGUUUCAGGAGAAGGGUGGUAGUUCGUUUUGUGUUGAGGCAAAGGCUCUACGUGAUGGCCUUAGGUUGGCCUGGGAUCGUGGGUUUAGAAGGUUAAUUUGUGCAUCUGAUAAUCAGGAGUUGGUUCGGAUUUUGUCUGCCCCGGGAAACAUCCAAGACCAGGUCCAUGAUGGCGUUGUGAGGGAGAUUCAUGAGGUCCUCAAUGGUGAUUGGCAGGUGGAUCUCUCUUGGUGCAGGCGAGAGGGGAUUGCAGCAGCAGAUUGGUUAGCAAGGAAUGGCUCCAUGCUUCCAGUUCCAGAAUUUCGGAUAGUUAAGUUUCUGCCUCCAGAGCUGGAAGUCCUCCUAUUGAGGGAUUCCCUAUGGAUUAGGUAG